GCGUGCGCGGGGCUCGGGCUGCUCCGGCACCGCGGCGCGCUCAGCCCUGCGCAGCUCCGCCCGCGGCUCGCACGGCUCGGCGCGGCACGGCACGGCUCCGCUCGGCGCGGCCAGCCCAGCCUCCCCGGGACCCCCGCGAGCCUCCGCGGCUGGGGCCACGCUGGAGCCCCCUGCCUCGCAGCGGAGGCAAGCCGCGAGUUGGCGCGGCGGCCGGCGGCCGCCCGGCUGCGGAGGUCCUGCAAGCUCUGUGAGUGCCAAGCAGUGAAUUAUGGGCUGGGUAACCACCAGUGCAUCAUGAAGAUUGACUUUAUUUUUGCCCUCCCGAGGAUCACGUGCUUUAUGAAUUCACUCUCUCCUCCAUCUCAUUGCCACUUCUGUCAAUAUUGUCAUCACUGCUAGGAAACCAGAAUCUGAGACUUGGACUUCAGCUCUGCCUUUCCUUGCUCCCUGGAACAACCAGUGUCAGCUGUAUGUCCUACUAAACAAACCACUGUGGGUUAUUCUGCCCUUCACAAAAGUACACUGUCUGGAGAAGUUACUUCAUACACCCUGUAAUUCUGAGAUAAAAGCUUCUGGAUCCUGAAGGAUAAUUGAGAUCUUUCUCUGGGGAGAAGACAUUUCCUCUUCAUCACGUGUACUUGCUAUCUCUUUUUCCACUUACUCUUCAUCUCUCUUUGUCACUUUCUGUGCUUUCCUCUUCCUGUUGGAUUUAACAUUUGGCAUUGACUGCUGAGGUUCUCCUCCCAGUAGUGUGGCAUUUGUUUUUCUCCUAGGGAGGAGCAGAUUCUUAAACAAUGGGCUUCACUCUGCACUCCAUCUACUUCACCUUGAAGGUGAGUUUGCUGCUGGGCUCCUUGCUGGGUCUCUGUUUGGGUCUGGAGUUCAUGGGCAUCCCCAACCAGUGGGCCCGCUACCUCCGCUGGGAUGCCAGCACUAGGAGCGAACUCAGCUUCCAGUUCAAGACCAAUGUCUCUGCUGGGCUUCUCCUCUACUUUGAUGAUGGUGGUGUCUGUGACUUCCUCUGUCUGUCCCUUGUUGAUGGGCGCAUCCAACUCCAGUUCAGUGUGGACUGUGCGGAGACUACGGUUAUCACAGACAAGCAGGUCAAUGACAGCAACUGGCACUUCCUGAUGGUCAGCCGCAAUCACCUUCGGACGGUGCUAGUGCUGGAUGGUGAAGCCAAGCCGGGCGAGGUGCGUCCGCAACGCCAGUAUAUGAAUAUCGUCAGUGACCUUUUUGUUGGUGGAGUCCCGCUGGACAUCCGUCCUGCUGCCUUGACCCUUGAUGGUGUUCUGAGUCAGCCUCCAUUUCAAGGAUUUAUCCUGGAUCUGAAAUAUGGCAACUCUGAGCCGCAACUCCUGGGCAGUCAAGGGGUCCGACUGGAAAUGGAAGGGCUCUGUGCAGAAAACCCCUGCGAAAACGGUGGCACUUGCUUCCUUCUGGACGGCGAACCACACUGCGACUGCUCAGCCACUGGAUAUGCUGGCAAGCUAUGUUCUGAAGCACGAGAUGAGAACAUGGCCACUUUCCGUGGUUCCGAAUACCUUUGCUACGACCUGUCACAGAACCCCAUUCAGAGCAGCAGCGAUGAGAUCACUCUCUCCUUCAAGACCUGGCAACGCAACGGGCUCAUCCUGCAUACCGGCAAGUCAGCUGAUUAUGUCAACCUGGCCCUGAAAGAUGGUGCAGUCUCCUUGGUCAUUAACCUGGGGUCUGGGGCCUUCGAGGCCAUUGUGGAGCCAGUCAAUGGCAAGUUCAAUGACAACGCGUGGCACGACGUUAAGGUGACACGAAACCUGCGGCAGGUGACAAUCUCUGUGGAUGGCAUCCUUACCACCACGGGCUACACGCAAGAGGACUACACCAUGCUGGGCUCGGAUGACUUCUUUUAUGUGGGAGGGAGCCCCAGUACUGCUGAUUUACCUGGCUCUCCAGUAAGCAACAACUUCAUGGGCUGCCUCAAAGAGGUUGUUUAUAAGAAUAACGACAUUCGUCUGGAACUGUCUCGCUUGGCACGGAUUGGUGAUACUAAGAUGAAGAUCUAUGGGGAAGUUAAAUUUGUAUGUGAGAAUGUGGCUACACUGGAUCCCAUCAGCUUUGAAACACCUGAGGCUUAUAUUAGUCUGCCUAAAUGGAAUACCAAAAGGAUGGGCUCCAUCUCAUUUGAUUUCCGAACCACUGAGCCCAAUGGACUGAUCCUUUUCACUCACGGCAAGCCUCAAGAGAGGAAAGAUGUCAGGAGCCAGAAAAAUACAAAGGUAGACUUCUUUGCAGUUGAGCUCCUAGAUGGGAACCUCUACUUGCUGCUGGACAUGGGCUCUGGGACCAUUAAAGUCAAGGCCACUCAGAAGAAAGCCAAUGAUGGAGAGUGGUAUCAUGUGGACAUUCAACGAGAUGGAAGAUCAGGUACUAUAUCAGUGAACAGCAGACGUACCCCAUUCACUGCUAGUGGGGAGAGUGAGAUCCUAGAUCUGGAAGGUGACAUGUACCUGGGUGGGUUGCCUGAGAACCGGGCAGGACUCAUCCUUCCUACAGAGCUCUGGACAGCAAUGCUGAACUACGGCUAUGUCGGCUGUAUCCGAGACUUGUUCAUCGAUGGACGAAGCAAGAACAUCCGGCAGCUGGCAGAGGCACAGAAUGCAGCAGGAGUCAAGUCCUCCUGCUCCCGCCUCAGCACAAAGCAAUGCGACAGCUACCCCUGCAAGAACAACGCCGUCUGCAAGGAUGGCUGGAACCGCUUCAUUUGUGACUGCACUGGCACUGGCUACUGGGGCAGAACAUGUGAGCGAGAGGCCUCUAUCUUGAGCUAUGAUGGCAGCAUGUACAUGAAGAUCAUCAUGCCUAUGGUCAUGCAUACAGAAGCAGAAGAUGUGUCCUUCCGUUUCAUGUCCCAGCGCGCUUAUGGGCUGUUGAUGGCAACCACCUCUCGAGACUCUGCUGACACUCUGCGCCUGGAGCUUGAUGGAGGCCGUGUCAAACUUAUGGUCAAUUUAGACUGUAUCAGGAUAAACUGUAACGCCAGCAAGGGACCUGAAACUCUUUAUGCUGGGCAGAAGCUCAAUGACAAUGAGUGGCACACUGUCCGGGUAGUUCGGCGAGGAAAGAGCCUCAAGCUGAUGGUGGAUGAUGAUGUUGCUGAGGGCACAAUGGUUGGUGAUCACACCCGCUUAGAGUUCCACAACAUCGAGACAGGGAUCAUGACGGAGAAACGCUAUAUCUCUGUCAUCCCCUCCAGCUUUAUUGGCCACCUCCAGAGCCUCAUGUUCAACGGGAUGCUCUAUAUUGAUCUGUGCAAGAACGGUGACAUUGACUAUUGCGAGUUGAAGGCACGCUUUGGUCUCCGCAACAUUAUAGCUGACCCUGUGACGUUCAAGACCAAGAGCAGUUACCUGAGCUUGGCCACUUUGCAGGCUUAUACAUCCAUGCACCUCUUCUUUCAGUUCAAGACCACCUCAGCUGAUGGGUUCAUCCUCUUUAACAGUGGUGACGGCAAUGACUUUAUUGCAGUUGAACUAGUUAAGGGGUAUAUACACUAUGUGUUUGACCUUGGAAAUGGACCUAAUGUUAUCAAAGGCAACAGUGAUCGUCCUCUUAAUGACAACCAGUGGCACAAUGUCGUCAUCACCAGAGAUAACAGUAACACACACAGCCUAAAGGUGGACACUAAGGUGGUCACUCAGGUUAUCAAUGGUGCCAAAAAUCUGGAUCUUAAAGGUGAUCUCUACAUUGCUGGCCUAGCUCAAGGCAUGUAUAGCAACCUCCCAAAGCUUGUGGCCUCGCGUGAUGGAUUUCAGGGCUGUCUAGCAUCUGUGGACUUGAAUGGGCGUCUGCCUGAUCUAAUCAAUGAUGCUCUGCACCGCAGUGGGCAGAUUGAGCGUGGAUGUGAAGUUGAGUUGACCAAAGCUGACCUGCAAGGACCAAGCACUACCUGUCAGGAAGAUUCUUGUGCAAAUCAGGGUAUCUGUAACCAGCAGUGGGAAGGCUUCACUUGUGAUUGCUCCAUGACUUCAUAUUCUGGGAGCCAGUGUAAUGACCCUGGUGCCACAUAUAUAUUUGGGAAGAGUGGAGGUCUCAUACUGUACACCUGGCCAGCUAAUGACCGACCGAGCACAAGGACAGACCGUCUUGCUGUGGGCUUCAGCACAACAGUGAAGGAUGGCAUUCUCGUUCGGAUUGACAGUGCCCCUGGACUUGGUGAUUUUCUGCAGCUGCACAUAGAGCAAGGCAAGAUUGGUGUAGUUUUCAAUAUUGGCACAGUGGACAUCUCUAUUAAAGAGGAAAGCACACCUGUAAAUGAUGGCAAAUACCAUGUAGUACGCUUUACCAGGAAUGGUGGCAAUGCCACACUUCAGGUUGACAGCUGGCCGGUGAAUGAACACUAUCCAACAGGCAACACUGAUAGUGAACGGUUCCAAAUGGUAAAACAGAAAAUCCCCUUCAAAUAUAACCGGCCAGUAGAGGAGUGGCUGCAGGAAAAAGAUGAUGCAACACCGCAUCACCACUUGACUUCGAGACCCGUCACGACGACCACCAAAAUUGGACGACAGUUAACGAUCUUCAACACCCAGGCGCAAAUAGCCAUAGGAGGGAAGGAUAGAGGACGUCUCUUCCAAGGCCAGCUCUCCGGUCUCUAUUACAAUGGCUUGAAAGUGCUGAACAUGGCAGCAGAGAACAACCCCAACAUUAAAAUCAAUGGAAGUGUCCGACUUGUUGGGGAAGUCCCUUCCAUCUUGGGAACAACACCUACAACCUCCGUGCCACCGGAAAUGUCUACUACAGUCAUGGAAACUACAACUACAAUGGCCACCACUACAACCCGAAAAAAUCGUUCGCCACCCAGCAUCCAGACAACAGAUGACAUCGUUUCAUCAGCUGAAUGUUCCAGUGAUGAUGAAGAUUUCAUUGACUGUGAACCUAGUACAGUGGCAGAGAACUCUUACUGGAGAUCAGCCUCAGAGGUAUGAAUUAUAUAUCUAUAAAUAUGUUCAUAAAGCAGAAUGCAGGGCAGCUCCAAGGCUAAAGUAGACCUUUUAUAUCCCCAGUGAUCUUGGUAGUUUAAAGAAAAGCACAAGUCUGUGAAAACAGUAUAUGUGCUAGAUUUAAAGGCUAACUUUUAAGGAAUAUACACUCACUGUGGGUGUUUUUUUGUGGAAGGAGAAGGCCAAGAAGAGCAUUAGAGUGCUCAGGAUAAAGUUUCCAACCUCAUAGACCCCAGUUCUCUCAGUGUUGUUUCCAGUUUGCUGUUCAUAGAUUUGUUUUGCAACUGUACUGUUCACAAACAAACUAAUUUUGUGUCUGUAUCACUGCAGAGGAAAGCGUUUUAUCUGUUUCCUUUUUGUUUAAUUCUUCUAUGUUGUGUUGCCAACAGAAGCUUUUUAAAAACUAUGUUUCUGUUUGGGAAACAUCCAUCCCCUGCUUGGAGAGAAACCACAGCGUAGGUGAAACAUGAACGUGGAAAAUCUUUGUGAAAUCUUUGGAUUGCUAAAGCAAUCCUGAACUCACAGCCUAUCAGUGAACACUGUUAACUGGUGCCUAACAGCCAACAGAAAAAAAGGGGAAAAGAAACCUGUAACUACAGGACACAGUCCAUAUUAUCCCCAAAUAGAAUCUUAGUCUAUGACUUUUUGUUUUAAAGCCAUGCUCCAAACUGGGUGGCAACCUUGUCAUUUUGUUUUAAGCACAGAACAAUUUGGAAAUAAAAGCUGUAUGUUUUAUUCAAGGCUGCAAGGCAUUAAAUUUGCAAUUGAAAAAAUGGUAGACACUGUGAGAAAAAUAAAAACUUCAGAUAGGAAAAUAAAAACAUAAAAUCUGUCUCAAAUGUAUUUCCCUUCCAAAGUGUCAUGUGAGGUUUUUCAGGGUCUUCUCUACGGCUUUUUGUGGAGAUCCAAAUCUUUAAAGCAUUUGCCCUCCACAGCAAACCUUUCAGGAUCUGACUCCCAUGUAAGAUGUUCUUGGCAAUUCAGUGGCACUUCAUCUUUUAAAUCUUUCAGAGCUUACCUUUCAAACCAACGUGGGGCCCUGGGCAAGAGGCACCACUUCUCCAUCAAAGGGCCUCUGGCUCUAGGCAGCUUCCUGCUGCCUGAGCUGUCAUUUUGUGAUAGAUGGUUCUCCUUACACGCACACUUGUCAUCUCCCUGCCCUCAGACUCCCCCUUGUGUCUUUACAAGUAGAAAUGUAGUACCAGCAACAGCGUUUGCAGGUAUGAUACGAAAGGUUGCACUUGCUCCCCUCCAUAGAUGUUGCUGGUCGUGUUUCUCACACUUUUUUGUGUGCUUUUCAGAUUUUACAUUCUCUGUUAUCCUUAAAUAACAUGUUUCUUUUAGACUGAGUGGCAUUUUUAUCACACCAUUUUAAAGGAUGUUUUAACUCUGCUGUAAAUCACAUACCUCAAGAAGUAUUUUUGUGCUUGCAUCCUAUUAGACCUACAAGUUCUAGCUUACUGUGGGUUUUGUAUAAAUGCCUAACAUAGCAAUAAAACAGAAGCCAGCUUUGAUACCUAGAGUGCUUUUUCUGAGUUGCUUUCUCCCACACAGCUUUUUUUCAGUCUCACAGCUUCUUCCAUUACAGACAGAAAAAUAAAAAAAUUUGAAGCAUCAUUACCACCCUUGCAGCCGUCUCCCCAAAAGUAUGUUGUCUUAAGUAAAUGUAACAAAUUAACUUCUUGAUGGAGAACUGAUUCCUAAUGAAGGACCUUUAACAAUCUCUAUAUUUCUCUAAUAUAUAGGCAAAUGUAGAAUGGAUCACUGGACAUUUUGGAAUGAAACAGGAGAUGAGAUUAAGUGAUUGUGUUAAUCUAGCCUUCCUGAUAUGAAAGUUAUUUCUCCUCUCACAUGUAUUGUGAGAUUAAAAAUUUGCAAGACUCGUUCCUGAUUCUGUCCUAUUGUCUUCCAUCCGACAGACUUGCUGGAAUCAAAAAGCUCUGAUCUCUCCAUCACUUAUGUGAAACCCCACCACCAUAAUAACUUUAUCAACUUUUCUUAACAUUUCAGGAAGACCAUAAUUAUUUUAUAGUUGCAGUAGUCUUGAUCAUUGGCUCAAGUCCUCAACAGUGACAAAAAACUGUAGAACUGGUUUUAAGGGAAGUCUUACUGGAACAAAAAAAAAAAAAAAAAAUCUUCCUAUUACAUGUACAAUAUUACUAAUUCCUUCCAGAAAAGUAAUAAUUAAUAGGACCAAAAUAAUUUGUCUUUGGAAGAAAACUGCCUGAAGUGUUGCUCCAGAGGGUGGCAGAUAACUGCAUACCAGUGCUGUGUACCAGUACAACAGAUUUUAAGAACAAAGGCACUUUAAAGUUCUAGAUGAGCAAUUAAAAGCUGUCAGACUGAUUUUUUUCCAAUUGGGUGUCACAGAUGGUGCAUGAAAAUCACAGAUGAAUACUAUUUUUUAAUAGCAAAACACUGAUCUUAACAACUCAUCUAAAGGGACAUUACCUAUCCCUGACUUUCUGGAACUUAUAUUCCCGAAUUAUGCAAUUUUAUGUAAUGUGCACUUAAAUGAUUCUUUUUUUUAAUUCAUUUUGUACCAGACACACAGAUGAUCUUUCCCUCUGAGGCAUAAUGCAAGUUUACCUUGGGACCACCUGUUUGCAGAGAUUAUAGAUGCUCUACUCUAACCAUGGAUAGGGCUUCUGGACAUAUAUAAAUCAUAUUACAUGCUCCAGUUUCUACAUUACACAGACUACAGCUCAGAUGCACAAGCGCAAAUUGCUGUGUAGCCAUUUGGCAGCCUGCAUUUUCUGCUAUUUCCAUAGGGUUUUUUUCUAAUAUAUGUAGUUUGAAGGGGUUGCCAUUAUUUUACACAUAUAAAACUUAUUUCUUGUUCUUCUAUCCAGUAACAGAAAUGGUAUGAACAUGCUGAGGAAGCUCAGAAAACUAAACGUAUUUAAACUGACCCUUUGCAUCUUAGCUUAAAACUAAUUUUGCAUGAAAGUAGGUUAAGAGACUAUGUAAAAUACCACAUUUCUUAUUUUGGCCUAAUUUCUACGCUGGUACCCCUGAGAUAAAUCUGACAGUUUCAAUUGAUUAAACUGUGUCACCACUUAAUUUCUCAUUAAGGAUAAGAAUAAGCCAUAUUGCUAGUUCAGCUAUGCAGAUUUAAUCAAACUGUUAAGUACAUUUUUCAGUAUAUUGCUAUCUUCAAUAUGUAAUUUGUUCAAAUAUAUUGCUCUUCAAAUAUAUUUAGAAGGGAUUAUGAUUUUACACCAUAUUCUUUAUAGAACUCCCAUGGACAUUGCUGGCAGUAUUCGAUGGGAAACAAGUACAUGCAAUAUAUAGUGUAGGUAGGAAAGAGCAGAAUUUGACCCUGAUGCUGUUCAGCAUCAUAACAAUGCCAAACUGUUCAUUAGCAGUUAUUAAUACAUAAGUAAACUACAGUAAAAUUAUUAAUUUAGAAGAUAAAAUUCAUUUUGCAUAUCUUUCCUAAACUAAUGGUGAGUAUAAAUAAAAUUUUCCCAUGCAUUAGAAAUAUUUCCUACUGAGUUGCACCCCUUCCAACAGAUUUAGAUGACUACUCAUGGUGUCAGAUGAAAUCUUCAGUUUAUAUUUAAAACAGCUAGUUUAAGUGGCUAGCCAAAGAAAAAUUGCCCAAGGGAGAAUUUAUACACAAACUUUCAAAAGCGAUAUGGCUCACCCUAAAAAACUGUCAUUGACCUGAUGUCAGCAGAAAACCAUAUGAUCUAGACUAAAUGAAUUAAAGAAAUACAUUAUGCUUCCACAUCAGAGUAAAACAAUGGAGUAGUAAUUAUCCAUACACUCAAAAACAGAAGUACAGUCAUAUUGCAAUAAAUAGACUACUACCCUAAAAGUUGCAAUAUUGCUGCUCAGAAACCAAAUUUUGGAAAUGACACAUUGAUUUUCUUGUUUCUGUUGCAGCUUACGCUGUGGGAAAGCACAAAAGUUACAGAUAUAGCUUCCUUGUUCUACUUCAAGAGUAGACCAUAAGCCUGCCUUAUAUUUAGUCUUUUGUAGGCAGGUAGCCAUCACCCUAGGAAAAAGUAGCCCUGGUCACAGAAGAAAUAACAGUAGGUGUGAAGAAAACUUUUGUUGUUUUCCCAGCCACUGCUGGGCUCGAGUACUAAUUUGUGUUAUCAGAGUCCUCAUUCAGUUUUAUCAUCAAUCACAAUAAAGUCUAUCUAAUUUUGUAAUCAAAUUAUAGUAAAAGAAUAUCAAGAAGAACUGAAGAUCAAGACGGUAUGGUAUUAGUAGUGCCAAAAGAUGCAAGGAAAGAGGCAUCCCUAGUCCCAUCCCUAGUGUCAAACAAAAUGGUAAAGAAAGAUUAAAAAGAGACGAACAAAUGUUGAGUAGAGCUCUGUACCUUAACGGACCCCAGUAAGUACUUCGUUCUUUUUCCAUCCCUCACUUUCAUGAAUCUUCCCACAAUUGAUUAAUGAGGCAACAAUCAAGAAGAAAUGGUUGAAUAGGAAAGGGCUUAGGGAAAGGCCUUAGAAAUGGCUACAGAAGGAGUGCAGACUUGAAUAGAAGAGAAUAAAUGCCAAUAUCAUCUUAAAUUAAAAGAAUCAGAGAAGGAAAAACUGGCAAGAUGAGCAGUAAAAUCCAUUUAGGACAACUUUGUUCUAUGGAAGUCUAAAAUAAUUCAUUUUAACAGUCUUGUAUCUAAAUGCUUAAGAAAGAUUACUACCAAAAAUCAGUGUCCACAGAGUCACUUGAGAGUAUCUUCAAAAAUAAAAAUAAAUGUUGGUCCCAAGACACUCAGUAUGUACCUAGCAUAGGCUAAAAGAGCGUGGAAAUGGAACAUGCAGUUUUCCAACAUCAAAGCAGGGUGGGAGGGAAGAAUGACAGGCACCCCCAGGAAAGUAUGUUGGUAGUGUAGUUAGGAAGAGAACAUUUUUUUGUAAUGCCCAAAUCCUCUAGUGCCCUUGAGUUAAGUGGAUUGAAAAUGUGUCAUUAAAAUGUACUAAUCCUCUUUUUUUUUCUCUUUUGCA